AUGCCGAGAGUUUUAGAGGCGGCAACCAUCGUCCUCUUCCUCUUUUUCCUGGCAGUAGUUUGGUUCCAGCAAGAGAAGAUUAAGUUUUUCAUCUCCAGGAACGAAAGAAGCAACCACAGUGCCGCGAGCGACGCAAGUUCUUCUCGAGCAAACUUCUAUAAUCUGCUGCCUGCACGAGAAGAUCAUGGUAAAUGCAAGAGCCGGUUUGAGCAGCAUCGUUACGGUAAGAGAGACUGGGAAUACGUACCAUCGGAGUAUCUCAUUGACAGGCUUCGUUCUUACGAGGAGUUCCAUGCUCGCUGCACGAGAGGUAAUUCCCAGACCUGGUUUAACUCGAGCACGGCCACGGAGAACAAUGAUUGCAAGUUCAUCCUCUGGCUGGAUAACAGCGGCCUCGGGAACAAGAUGGUGUCGAUCGCUGCGACUUUUCUCUACGCCUUGCUCACCCGUCGAGUUUUGUUGAUCGAUCCGGCCGAAGACAUGGAGGCGCUCUUCUGCGAGCCGUUUCCUCGGAGUUCCUGGUUUGCUCCCCGGGAUGUUCCUCUCGAGUUCCUCAGGAGUGACGAGUUUAGGAUCAGCUUUGAUAAGUGUCACCCUGGUACUGCGAAGUUUGCGCGGCACGCAUACAUCGAGAUUAUGAACGGUUACGACAGUAUCGGUGACAAGUUCUUCUGCGAGAAACAACAGCAAAACAUCAGUGAUCAGUUUCCAUGGCUGACGAUCACCACAAACCUCUACUUCGUCCCAAGCUUGUACUAUGUUCCAAGUUUUAGAACCGAGCUAGACAAGCUCUUUCCACGGCAAGAGGCGGCAGUGUUUCAACACUUGGUGAAGUAUCUCUUCCAUCCCUCAAACGCUGCCUGGGAUAGAGCGACGAGAUUUUACGAUACUUACAUGGCUGGCUCGAGCAAGCUUGUCGGUGUCCAAAUGAGAGUGUUGCCCAAUUUCCAGGAUCUAUCUCGUAGAGCGCAAAGUUUCUCGGAUGCAAUGGUCCAGUGUCUCCUCCAGAGCAAGCUGCUCCCUGAUGUUUCAGUGGCAUCGAACUCAAGCGCUUCUGGCAAGAUCAUAGGUGUUGUUGUGGCAUCACUCGACGGGCAGUACUUCGAUGGUCUUCGAGAAAUUUACGUCAGCUCUCCCACCGUAGAUGGUUCCUUGGUCCGAGUUUUCGCUCCAAGUAAGGAGCGAUGGCAGCAGACUAAUGACCGUAACCACGACGAGAAGGCCCUGGCUGAUAUGCUUCUUCUCUCAUUCUGUGCCGAGCUGGUCACGAGCCCCGGCUCCACGUUUGGAUACGCCGCUCAAGGCCUGGGUGGAGUCAAGCCGUGGCUCUUGAAUGAGAAAAACUGCUCCAAGUUGGACUCCACAGAGCCUUGCUUCCACGCGAAAGUGUUCUACGGCUGCAAUUGUGAUUCUUCAAGCGAGGCAAAGUCCGUCCAGAACAAUGCUCGGAGUUGUCCAGACGUGCCGUGGGGACUUCAGACCUCGCCAUUCCAGAAAACUGGUCGGGUUAUUCAUGAUAUCUCUUUGGUGUGGCUGGUUUUUCUCGGAGAGGCUCCACUUUUCGCUGAAAUCCAAGAUAUUUACAGUGAAGGGAAACAGGACAGUGAAAUUAGUGUCAAGCACCAUGACAAUCAGUAUCCAAAACUGUUCAGCAUUUUGGAUUGCAUUUCCAAUUGCAUACCAAAUGGCAAAACUAGAGGUGGUAGACAAAUGGCCAUGGUGGCUGGGACACAGGUUGUAGAGAUUACUGAGCUCGUGUUCCCAGGUGUUAGCUAG